GGCCGAGAAGGGGAAAUGUGGGCGCGGGCUGUGCGGCUGGUCCUCGGGGCCCCCCUGGGCGGGCGCCGGGGCUUGGCUUCCAAGGCAAAUCCUCAGGGAAGGGGGCGAAUCACCGCCGACGUGAUCGGGCGCCUGGAGCGUCUAGCGCUCGUGGAUUUCGGCAGCCAGGAGGCCGCGGCCGUGGCACAGCUGGAGCAGGCGGUCGCCUUCGCCGACCGGCUGCGCGGCGUGGACACCGACGGGGUGGAGCCCAUGGAGUCAGUACUGGAGGACAGAUGUUUAUACUUGAGAUCCGACAAUGUGGUAGAAGGCAACUGUGCUGAAGAACUACUACAGAACUCCCAUCGAGUUGUGGAGGAGUAUUUUGUGGCCCCCCCAGGUAAUAUCUCUUUGCCAAAGCUGGAUGAACAAGAGCCCUUCUCACACAGCUGAGGAGCUAUUCUGUGAACACAUGGAAGCAUGACAGUAUUUGUUGUUAUGAAUACUAAAGGUCCCACUUCUCUCAGUAACCUGAAAAAUAUCAGUGGUUAAGUAUUUUUUUUUUUUUUAGUAACAAACUUGUCUGAAGACAGAAUUGGGAAAGAUUUAGCCCAAACAAGGCAGUAUGUUCCUGAUGCUAAUGGAAAUAAAAGGUAUUGUCAAUUUCCAAGGAAAUGUUCCAUUUUGAAGACAUUAUCCCCCUUUAUCUCCUCCCCAAAAGACUAUCUACCUAACUGUACUUAUGUGAAUUUUCCUGUUUAUGUAAAUGUUAAACAUUGCAUCUGAUCACUGUGUGACAAUCUGAA